AUGUUACCAUUUUUCACAUUACUGCUUUUAAUUAUCAUGACAAUAUAUCUGAAUAUUCAUUCCCCUUCUAACUUACAGCACAAAUUGUUUAUCCAUUACUGGAAUCACUUUAAAAGAGAGGGGCUCCUUUUUAAGUUGUUUCAGUGGGAGUCCUCAUCUCUUGGGCAUGCAGGAGGCCUUUUGCCCCUUCACUUCAUAGAGGCCACCUGUGCUGGGACCUUUCCACGCUGUUGGCUUCCCACUUCUCCUUCUGCAAAGGACUUCUCCUCCUUUCCACAAGCCAUUUCAGUGUGGGCUACAUGGAAGGUCACCACUGUCACCCUUCCAAGCCCUACCUAUAAGGAUGCCUUGGCAAAGAAUUCGCCAGGGCUUUGCCUGAAGAUCUGCUAUUUUGUAAGGUACUGGAUAACAGAAUUCUGGAUCAUGUUUAAAAUGGAUGCCAGCUUGACACACACCAUGGAGGAGUUCCAGGAACUGGUGAAGGCCAACGGGGAGGAGCUACACCGCCGUCUGAUUGACACGACCCAGAUCAAUGCCCGUGACUGGUCCAGGAAACUGACUCAAAGGAUAAAAUCGAACACCAGCAAGAAGCGUAAAGUCUCCCUGCUCUUUGACCACCUGGAACCAGAAGAGUUAUCCGAGCACCUCACGUACCUUGAGUUCAAGUCCUUCCGGAGGAUAUCCUUCUCCGAUUAUCAGAAUUACCUUGUGAACAGCUGCGUGAAGGAGAACCCCACCAUGGAGCGGUCCAUUGCCCUGUGUAACGGCAUCUCCCAGUGGGUACAGCUGAUGGUUCUCAGCCGCCCCACCCCACAGCUCCGGGCAGAAGUCUUCAUCAAGUUCAUCCAGGUGGCUCAGAAGCUCCACCAGCUACAGAACUUCAAUACAUUGAUGGCUGUGAUAGGUGGGCUGUGUCACAGCUCAAUCUCCAGGCUCAAGGAGACAAGUUCGCACGUCCCACAUGAAAUCAAUAAGGUUCUGGGGGAGAUGACCGAGCUCCUGUCCUCCUGUAGAAACUAUGACAACUACCGGCGAGCCUACGGGGAGUGCACCCAUUUCAAGAUUCCCAUCCUGGGGGUGCACCUCAAGGACCUCAUCUCCCUGUACGAGGCCAUGCCCGAUUACCUGGAGGAUGGGAAGGUGAACGUCCACAAGCUGCUGGCUCUUUAUAAUCAUAUCAACGAACUGGUCCAGCUGCAAGAGGUGGCCCCACCCCUGGAAGCCAACAAGGACUUGGUGCACCUGCUGACGUUGUCCUUAGAUCUCUACUACACUGAAGAUGAAAUCUAUGAGCUGUCCUAUGCCCGGGAACCAAGGAACCACAAAGCCCCACCACUAACACCUUCAAAGCCCCCAGUAGUAGUGGACUGGGCUUCUGGAAUAUCUCCCAAACCUGACCCAAAGACCAUAAGCAAACACGUCCAGAGGAUGGUGGAUUCGGUCUUCAAGAACUAUGAUCAUGACCAGGAUGGAUACAUUUCUCAGGAAGAGUUUGAGAAGAUUGCCGCCAGUUUCCCCUUUUCCUUUUGUGUGAUGGACAAAGACAGGGAAGGCCUCAUCAGCAGAGAGGAGAUAACGGCCUACUUCAUGAGAGCCAGCUCCAUCUACUCCAAGCUGGGCCUGGGCUUUCCUCACAACUUCCAAGAGACCACCUACCUGAAACCUACUUUCUGUGACAACUGUGCUGGAUUUCUCUGGGGAGUGAUCAAACAAGGAUACCGAUGUAAAGACUGCGGGAUGAACUGCCACAAACAAUGCAAAGAUCUGGUUGUGUUUGAGUGCAAGAAGCGAGCCAAGAACCCAGCAGCAAUAACCGACAACAGUACUCCUGGAGGGCCAACAUCCAGCCUUUGCUCACUGGGAGCCAAAGACCUGCUCCAUGCACCUGAGGAGGGACCUUUCACAUUCCCUAAUGGGGAGGCUGUGGAACACAGUGAGGAAAGUAAAGAUCGGACCAUCAUGCUCAUGGGAGUGUCCUCACAGAAGAUUUCUGUUCGGCUGAAGAGGACUGUCGCCCACAAGGCCACCCAGACGGAAUCCCCGCCUUGGCUUGGCAGUGAGCGUCCCUGUGGUCCCUUUGUGCUCUCUUCCCCAAGGAAGACAGCCCAGGAUACUCUGUAUGUGCUUCCUAGUCCCACAUCUCCUUGCCCCAGCCCAGUCUUGGUCAGAAAGCGGGCUUUUGUCAAGUGGGAGAAUAAAGAAUCCCUCAUAAAAUCAAAGGAGGAUCUCCGUCAUCUCAGACUGCCAACCUACCAAGAGCUGGAACAGGAAAUAAAUACCCUGAAAGCAGAUAAUGACGCUCUAAAGAUCCAACUGAAAUAUGCACAGAAGAAAAUAGAAACUCUCCAACUUGCAAGAAGCAAUCACGUCUUAGCUCAGAUGGAGCAGGGUGACUGUUCUUAG